GACUUUUGGGAUCUUUUGAAGCACGACAAAAGGUUGUUUCCAACAAUUUUCUCACCUUAACACUGCGCCAGACAUGGCAGCUCCUGUCACCCAUUUGCAGCAAAUAAAGCUGCCCUCGGGUCCUUCUCCCGUGACGCCCGAGCAGCAAUACUGGCGCUCAUUCCGCUCCUCGUUGAACGUUCCUUCACCUUCUUCCUUCUCUGUCACGCACAUUUCCUGUCCUGAUCUUCCCCUGAAUCCUGCGACUCCCGCUUCCGAUGUCUUUGCUGUCACUACCGGCACAAGAAUACAACUAUACUCUGUGCGAACACGAAAACUAGUCAAGACCAUCAGCCGAUUUGAAGACAUUGCUCACAGCGGAGAGAUCCGACGAGAUGGACGAGUUUUAACGGCCGGUGAUGAUACGGGGACGAUUCAAGUAUUCGAUGUCAACUCGCGGGCAAUUCUCAAGACAUGGAAAGAACACAAGCAGCCAGUGUGGGCGACGAAAUGGAGCCCAACAGAGCUUACGACGCUCAUGAGCUGCAGCGACGACAAAACCGUCAGAUUAUGGGAUCUUCCCAGCCCGUCUAGCACAACCACAUUCGUCGGCCACCAAGACUAUGUCCGCAGCGGUGCCUUUAUGCCUGCCCGAGGAGCUGGCCUGCUCGUGUCCGGAUCCUACGACCAGACCGUCAAGAUUUGGGACCCUCGAGCACCCGCCCGAGCAGUCAUGACUUUCAAGCACGCUGCUGCAGUCGAGAGUGUUCUUCCUCUUCCAUCCGGCACCACCGUUCUCGCAUCUGCCGACAACCAAAUUUCCGUCCUCGAUCUCGUUGCCGGAAAGCCGCAACAAAUUCUACGCAACCACCAAAAGACAGUUACCUCUUUGAGCCUUGCCUCUAACGGCACGCGCGUCGUCAGCGGUGGUCUUGAUGGCCACGUCAAGAUUUUCGAAACAACAGGAUGGAAUGUCGUAUAUGGUUCAAAAUACCCUGCUCCAAUCCUUUCUCUCAAUGUCAUCAGCAAUGGCGCUGAGCGCGAAGACAAGCACCUCGCCGUGGGUACAUCCUCGGGCCUCUUGUCCAUCAAGACACGCCUGUCUGGCGAACAGAAGAUCAAAGAGCGCGAGCGCAAGAAGGAAAUGCAAGCCCUUCUCGAGGGCAAAAUUGACGAAUUCGACAAGAAAAAUGCCAAGAAACGCCCGCGGGGCUGGGAGAAGCGGAACAGAGGAAAGGACUUUCUCGGCGAGGGUACCGACGUUGUCAUUGAAGGCGAUGACCGUGGGAAAAUCAAGCAUGAGAAGAAGUGGGAAAAGGACUUGCGCAGGGGCCGAUACCAGCAGGCUCUCGACGACGUUUUGAGCAAGCCCGAACCUCCUCUCAUCGUCCUCACACUCCUUACCGCCCUGCGCCACCGCUCCGCCAUGCGCGCCGCCCUCCAAGGCCGCGACGAGGCCACUCUCCAGCCUAUCCUGAGGUGGGUCAGCAAACACAUCACCGACCCGCGCUACAUCAGCAUCGCGGUCGAGGUCGGCCUGCUCAUUAUCGACUUGUAUUCUGCACAAAUGGGCCUCUCGCCCGAAGUGGAUACCCUCGUGCGCGAUUUCCAUAACCGCGUGCGCAUAGAAGUCGAGCGUGCCCAGCAGGCGUGCCAGACAGAGGGCAUGCUCAGCAUGUUGACUAUUUCUGCUUGAUUUUCCUUUUCCUUGCUGCUUUUUUCGUCAUCAGACGCGGGGUGAUUACUUUUAUUCAUGAGCCGGGGUCCUUUUCUCUCUCUCUCUCUGUCUAUCAUGUCACCCAUUCACGCCUUCUAUCUCGCUCUGGCUCUCUUCUCCUUUGUCUUUGUCGACUCACAAGGACAUUUCACAUCAUUGGUGGGCUAUUUUCACAUCUUUUAUCCGACACCACCACUAUUCUCGCCAUCGCCAUUACCGUCAUCGCUGCAUAGUAUUUGCAUCUACAACAUUGUCACAUAUCGGGCGUUUUUCAUGGAGUAGAAAUUUUCCAGGAAGUUACGGAUUUUCUUCACUUUUGUAAUACGGAUUGUUUUGGGUAAAAAAAAAAGGAGAUCAUCGCUUUUUAUCUCUUCUCGAUAUCAGCUGGCAGUGGAUGAAAUCGGAAAAAGUUUCUUGAAAGAAUUUUGUACUUUCGUCUAGAUGAUAGCG